UGGUAGUUGCUUGGUAGCUGCGACCGUCAAUUCCGUGCGGGGUAGAGCGUCGAGCAUGAUUAGAUGUAGUGCAUGUGCAUUGUCCAGCUGGCAAUGCUGUUGAUGCUGUGCGUCAAAGCAGACCUCUUCUUCGUUGCCUCCUGGAAAUGCUGCCAUAGACACGCUGCCAACUGCAGGACCUACCGGUUGAAGUACCGGUGAUGGAUCAUUUUUGGCAGCAGCCUGUCGGUGGCGCGAUCGUGACGGUUGGUGACGCAGUGUGUAUCUGCGUCAGCGGAUCAGAUACUUUCCCCCUCUUCAAUUGAGAAAGAAGCAUUCAGCGGCAUCAUCAGCGCAGUAUGGCGGAACCCCACAUGAAGACGGCGGGCGUGGCCCAGUUCAUCCGUCAUCAGGACGACGUACCGGCCAACGCAAUCGCCCCCACGGACGCCGUGGUGGCCGAGUUCAAGCAGCUCAAGAUGCGACGCAAGUACCGCUACAUUUUGCUCCGCAUCGAGGCCGACAAGGUGGUUGUUGACGCCACGGCGCCGCCCUCGGAGACGUUCGCGGACUUUAGCGCCGCUUUGCCCGAAUCGGACUGCCGCUACGCCGUGUAUGACCACGAGUUCCUGACGGCCGAUGGCCGUAAGUCCAGUAAGCUUUUCUUCGUCACAUGGAUCCCGCAGAACUCGCACCCGGGCUUCAAGAUGGCCUACACACACGCCAAGAGCGCUAUCCAGAGUGUGUGCGAGGGCUGUUUCGAAGUCAGCGCCGUCAUCAAGAAGGAGAUCGCGCUGGGUAUGAACAUCACGGACGGAAACGCCUCCGACUCGGACAGCGAGUUCGAGGAUGACUAGAUAAAUGUUACCUGGGCAGGUUUGAUUGUAUUCGUACCGUCUAUUCGGGCGCGACGAAACGCCCACUACUCUCGUAUUGUGUAUCAAUCAAAAGUUGUCCAGAACUCUUGUUACCUUCUUACUUGGACGACGUGGCCUUGAGGUGUUGACGUUGUUUGUUGCGCAUCGCC